GCCGUGUCGUGUGUGAUGGCGGUCAGCGUUCCCUCCACUCCGACUCCGGGAGCUCGAGGAGAAGGAGCGAGUCCGUAAUAUUGCCGGACAGCCGCCUCGUAGCGGGAGGGGGGUCUACCGUGUGCGCUCACCGCCUUCCGAACGCCCCCCCCCGCCUUCCUUUUUUUUUUUUUUUUUAAAAAUAAUAUGUGGGACGGGAUAUCGGCGGGGCGGCACACGCGGGACGAGGCGAAGUCGGGCACCGUUCACUACCGCUAGGGCGGCGAGGCGGGCGCGUGCCACCGAGCGAGCUGUCGGCGCGAGCUGUCCUCUCGCGCGCGCCACCCCAAACCAGCGACACUUAGCACACUGACAGGAGGAAGUGCCCGAGCGAAACCCCGCGCGCCAGCGGCCAGCAGCAGCAGCAGCAGCAGCAUGAAAUUCGCGGAGCACCUUUCGGCGCACAUCACCCCGGAGUGGAGGAAACAGUACAUCCAGUAUGAGGCCUUCAAGGAGAUGCUGUAUGCAGCACAAGACCAGGCCCCCUCCAUAGAAGUCACAGAUGAAGACACUGUGAAGAGGUACUAUGCCAAGUUUGAGGAGAAGUUCUUUCAGACAUGUGAGAAGGAACUUGCCAAAAUCAACACAUUUUAUUCAGAGAAGCUAGCAGAGGCACAGAGGCGGUUCGUCACGCUGCAGAAUGAGCUGCAGUCCUCUCUGGAUGCGCAGCGGGAGAGCAGCACCCCUGGCCUUCGUCAGCGCCGUAAGACGGUGUUCCACCUGUCACAUGAGGAGCGGGUGCAGUACCGCAACAUCAAGGACCUGCAGCUGGCCUUCAGCGAGUUCUACCUCAGCCUCAUCCUCCUGCAGAACUAUCAGAACCUGAACUUCACCGGCUUCCGGAAGAUCCUGAAGAAGCAUGACAAGAUCCUGGACACGCCUCGUGGCGCAGACUGGCGGGUGGCCCACGUUGAAGUGGCCCCCUUCUACACCUGUAAGAAGAUUACCCAGAUGAUCUCGGAGACCGAGGCUCUUGUGACCACCGAGUUGGAGGGCGGAGAUCGACAGAAGGCCAUGAAGAGGCUGAGGGUGCCCCCGCUGGGGGCCGCGCAGCCAGCGCCGGCCUGGACCACCUUCCGUGUUGGGCUGUACUGUGGGGUCUUCAUCAUCCUGGCGAUCGCCUUCAUCCUCUCCGGUGCCGUGUUCAUAAAGGACGGCAACGUGUGGCCGCUGGUGCGCAUCUACCGUGGCGGCUUCCUGCUCAUCGAGUUCCUUUUCCUGCUGGGCAUCAACACGUACGGCUGGCGACAGGCAGGGGUCAACCACGUGCUCAUCUUCGAGCUGAACCCCAGGAGCAACCUGUCCCAUCAGCACCUGUUUGAGAUUGCAGGCCUCCUCGGGGUGCUUUGGUGCAUCAGCAUCCUGUCCUGCCUGUACUCGGACUACACCUUCCUGCCCACGCAAGUGAACCCGCUAAUACUGUACGGCGUCAUGCUCCUGUUCCUCGUAAACCCCUUGAAGACCGCCUACUACAAAUCGCGCUUCUGGCUGCUCAAGCUGCUGUUCCGUGUCUUCACGGCCCCAUUCCACAGGGUGGAGUUUGCUGACUUCUGGCUGGCAGACCAGCUCAACUCCCUGGUGAUCGUGCUCAUGGACCUGGAAUACCUAGUGUGCUUCUAUAUCUUUGAGCUGGAGUGGGGCAAGAGCAACGGUCUGCUAGGCCAUGGUCCCGACAAGAUAUGCCACAGCUACUCGUACGGCGUGCGCGCCGUCAUCCAGUGUCUGCCCGCCUGGUUGCGCUUUGUGCAGUGUCUCCGACGGUACCGCGACACCAAGCGUGCCUUCCCACACCUGGUCAACGCUGGAAAAUACUCCACCACCUUCUUCGUCGUCACAUUUGUGGCCCUGUACAGCACACACAGAGAUCAGGACCACUCAGAUGCCGAGGUGUUCUUCUACCUGCUGAUCCUCUCCUCGGUGGUCAACUCCUUAUACACUCUCAUCUGGGAUCUAAAGAUGGACUGGGGACUGUUUGACCGCAACGCUGGAGAGAAUACCUUCCUGAGGGAGGAGAUUGUCUACCCUCAAAAAGCAUAUUACUACUGCGCCAUCGUGGAGGACGUCAUUCUGCGCUUUGCUUGGACCAUUCAGAUCUCCCUCACCACUACGAACACCGUGCUUUCCACCUCUGACCUCAUUGCCACCGUCUUGGCCCCGUUGGAGGUCUUCAGACGCUUUGUGUGGAACUUCUUCCGCUUGGAGAACGAGCAUCUGAACAACUGCGGCGAGUUCCGGGCCGUACGGGACAUCUCGGUGGCGCCGCUCAACGCUGACGACCAGACGCUCCUGGAGCAGAUGAUGGACCAGGAGGACGGGGUUCGAAACCGCCAGGGCAAGAGGAGCUGGAAACGGAGCUAUAGCCUGUCAUUGAGACGGCCCCUCCUGUCAUCACAAUCCAAGAUGCGGGACACCAAGGUGCUGAUAGAGGACACGGAUGACGAGGCGUAUACCUGAGCCCUGGGCACCCGAUCACUGCCUGGAGGCCACGCCUCCUCUCCAGCUUUCCAAUCAGUCCAUCACUAAGCUGCCUCUCCGCACGUAACGCACACCUGAACCGACACAGAAACAAACACACUGACCCAAGCCCGAGAGCUCUCACACCCGGACAUGCUCCAGCAGACACGACAAGGAGACGGACGGACACAAACAAACACACAGAGUAAUGGUAAAAUGCAUAUUCAUCAAUACAUUUGGAAAAGGCACUGUCUUCUGGAAUUUUCUUUAGUUUUUUUAGGCACUUGUGUUUUUAUUGUCUUUAGGUUUCAUGCUUUAGUUUGUACAUCUCUUAAGGAAGCCAAUCGUUUUAAUAGACAUCAAUAACAAACGACUGUUUACAAACGUUUAUAAAUAUCAGGAUCGACACAGGGAGAAGAAACUUAAUAAUCAAAGAACUAAUAUGAGAAUAAACCAGAACACGGAUUCAGACACCGGACAAUAACCAAGAUCCGCGCUGUAAUACCGCUGGCUCAGACUGGUUGUUGUGUUUUUUCUAUUAAUAUUUUCUUGAUUUUCUUAAGUAAGUUGCAAUGAAGUCAGUGUACAGGCCUGGCUGCACUUGCAGGAAAAGUGCACUCUAGACAUAAAAAAAAAAAAAAAAAAAAAAACG